AUGGAGAUUAUCUAUGUGAUGCGCAACCCAAAGGACAACAUCGUCUCCUAUUACCACUUCAGUAAAGCCGCUAGCGACCUGGAGACUCCCAAGAACUUUGAGCACUUUUUUGAGGCGUAUUUGACGGGCAAUGUUGGAGGAUCAUCCUGGUUCGACCACAUCAGGGUGUGGCAUUCAAUGAGAGACCAGUACAACAUCCUAUUUCUGACCUACGAGGACAUGGUUUUGGACCUGAAGGCGGCAGUAACUAAGAUCUGCAUUUUCUUAGGGAAGAAACUGAGUGAAGCAGCCAUUGAGCAAGUUGUACAAAAAUCUACAUUCAAGAACAUGAAGAAAGACUCAAAAGCAAACUAUGAGUUUCUGCCACAAGAGAAGCUGAAGGGAGACUUCAUGCGCAAAGGUAAGAUCGGUGACUGGAAGAACACCUUUACGGUCGCUCAGAGUGAAAGAGUGGAUCAACUCCUUCAGGAGAGACUUGGUGACCUGUCUCUGAAGUUCAUCUGGGAAUAA